GCUUUCUCAUCAGACUGAGCUGGAGAGUCGAGAAGUCUCCUGCUUUCUUCCUCCGAGGUCAGUUUAUCUGUUUUUCAUGCAUUCAUGUCGGAUUUUAUCUCUAUUUUUAAUUUUCUUACAGUUGUACAAAGUUAUCGGUAACUUUAUCUCGUUUCCGGGCUCAGUUUGGAGGUAUUUUAUUAGCUAAAAUGCUAAUGUGUGGACAGAGAUUUGACCUACUUUAAACGGUGAAGGAAAGUUUAUUUUAUGUCAACAAACGCUUAUUAUUGUACUAAAGUGGCUGUUUUUUAAAUUUUACUGUUUUAUUAAGCUCCCAUAUAAGGUCGCGUCGUGUUUAUGGGAAUCCUGAGUUUAGAGUAAAACACUUUUUAUUGCUUUUUGUUCGAUAUUUUACUAUUAUCUCUGUGUAAUUAGGAUGCUUUUAUCUACUCGAGAUAGGUCAAAGUUCAUCUCACUAACCUAAAACCUUUAACUAGUUUUAUGAAGAAAUUAUCCUAAAUCUACGUCGGGUGUGUUAUAACAAUAUUUCGCAAUAUUCCUCCUUUUUAAAUUGCAGCAUUUUUGUUUGUGUCUCUUCAAUAAUUUUGUUUUUUCUUUAAGCAUCAUUUGACAAAACUAUAUUAUAAUGUAUAAUAAUUUAAUAACAAUCAAGUUUUUCUAUAAAAUCAAUUAUUUCAUUAUUAUUAAAAGAACAUUUUAGAGCUGAUGUGACCUCAGGAUUAUUAUUCUUUCUCGUUCUUCUGUUUCAUCCUGGUUCUUUCAUGCAUGCUUGCCCAGUUUUCCCAGUGAGUGGGCAGCAAAAACUCACUUCCACUCACUUCCUGCUUGAAGCUCGGCUGAUCCAGCUUUGCAUUAUGGGUAGAAAAGUGGAUCUAAAUGCAGUUUUUAUCCUGCCCUGGUUGGAUCUUGGUAUUCUUCUUCUUCGGUUUAGUUUGCUGGUAGUUUUGACGAUGCAGACGCCGGCCCAGUCGGUCCUCCACAGCGGGUAUUUCCACCCGACGCUGCGCUACUGGCAGAGCUGCGCCGCUGACCUCAGACCGGACAACCUCAUCUACCCCAUCUUCAUCACAGACAGUCCGGACGCGGUGGAGCCGAUCGGGAGCCUGCCGGGUCAGGCCAGGUUUGGGGUGAAUAAGGUGGAGGAGUUGCUGCAGCCGCUUGUCAGAAACGGUUUGAAGUGUGUCCUCAUUUUUGGCGUCCCGGCAAAAGUAGCAAAGGAUGAACGCGGUUCUGGCGCCGACUCGGACGACACGCCCGCCAUUCUGGCCAUUAAAAAGAUCCGCAGUUUGUUCCCGGAGCUGCUGGUGGCGUGUGACGUCUGUCUGUGUCCCUACACCUCCCACGGACACUGCGGCAUCCUGAACGAGGACGGCUCCCUGAACAACGACGCCAGCUGCCUGCGGCUCGCCGAAGUCGCUCUUUCUUACGCUCAGGCCGGCUGCCACAUCAUCGCUCCGUCUGACAUGAUGGACGGACGGAUCGGAGCCAUCAAACAGUCUCUGCUGUCCAACGGUUUGGGGAACAAGGUCACAGUGCUGAGCUACAGCGCAAAGUUUGCUUCCUGUUACUACGGUCCGUUCAGGGACGCGGCCCAGUCAAAGCCCGCGUUUGGAGACCGGCGCUGCUACCAGCUUCCAGCCGGCGCCAGAGGCCUGGCGCUGCGAGCCGUGGAGCGAGACGUGAGGGAAGGAGCCGACAUGCUGAUGGUGAAACCGGGCCUGCCGUACCUGGACAUCAUGAGGGAGGUGAAGGACAAGUUCCCCUACCAUCCUCUGGCGGUGUAUAACGUGUCGGGGGAGUUCGCCAUGCUGUGGCACGGAGCGAAGGCCGGAGCGUUCGACCUGCGGGCCGCUGUGAUGGAGGCCAUGACGGCGUUCCGCAGGGCAGGCGCUGACAUCAUCAUCACCUACUUCACACCUGAGCUGCUCACCUGGCUGAAGGAGUAAGGGAGUCGCUCUGACUGAGGGAAACGUCGUAAAACUGGAACCAACUCCUUCCUGGACCGUCUGAUCUCCAGACUGGGCUGCAGUUCUGCUUCAUGGCCCGGAAACUAGUUUCUGUUUUCAGCUGCUGAAGCCAUGAUGUACUGAGAAUGUAGAAACAUAUUUUAGUUUUUUAGCCUAGCGUGUCGCCGCUGCUUUAAACUAGAUCAUGAAUCAGAUAAUUAUGACAUGUUUAUGUAAGAGAAAAUAAAAUUAAUUCUGAUCUUACAGCUGAUUUUUAUUAAUUAUGUUCUUUAUCUGUUAUAAAGAAUAAAAUAUAUCAAACUAA